AUGUUGUUACAGAAGAUGCCGGCGGUAAAAGGAGAUGGAAUGCGUGGCCUCGCGGUUUUCAUCAGCGAUAUCCGCAAUUGUAAGAGCAAGGAGGCCGAGUUGAAGCGAAUCAAUAAGGAAUUGGCCAAUAUUCGAUCUAAAUUCAAAGGUGACAAGACGCUGGAUGGGUAUCAGAAGAAGAAAUACGUGUGCAAACUUCUGUUCAUCUUCCUACUGGGGAACGAUAUUGAUUUUGGCCACAUGGAAGCGGUCAACCUGCUCUCCUCCAACAAAUACACGGAGAAACAGAUUGGAUAUCUGUUCAUUUCGGUGCUCAUCGAGCAGCAAUCCGAUCUGAUGAAGCUGAUCGUGCAAGGAAUCCGCAACGACUUGACAUCCCGCAACCCAGUUCAUGUCAACCUUGCUCUUCAAUGUAUUUCCAACAUGGGAUCCCGUGAAAUGGUCGAGGCCUUCUGCACCGACUUGCCGAAAUUGCUUGUCUCCGGAGAGACAAUUGAUUUUGUGAAGCAGUCAGCUGCAUUGUGCAUUCUCAAACUCUUCCGCAACUCGCCGGAUUCAUUCCAGCCAGGAGAGUAUGCUAGUAGAAUUGUGCACUUGCUCAAUGACUCUCACAUGGGUGUUGUCACGUCCGCUGCAUCGCUAAUCGAGGCUCUCUCCAAGAAGUGGCCGGAAGAGUACAAGGGUGCCGUCCCACUCGCUAUCUCCAGAUUGAGUAGAAUUGUUACCGCCACCUAUACGGAUCUCCAGGACUACACCUACUAUUUCGUCCCAGCUCCAUGGCUCUGUGUGAAACUUCUCCGUCUCCUUCAGAACUACCCACCAGCAGAUGAUCCGUCUAACAAAGCUCGUCUCCUUGAAUGCUUGGAGGGAAUCCUCAACAAGGCUCAAGAUGCUCCAAAAUCGAAGAAGGUGCAACACUCGAAUGCUAAGAACGCAGUGCUCUUUGAAGCUAUCGCUUUGAUCAUCCAUAUGGACUCAGAGCCACAACUUCUGGUCCGUGCUUGCAACCAACUCGGUACAUUCUUGUCUCAUCGGGAAACCAACUUGAGAUAUUUGGCACUGGAGUCGAUGUGUCUUCUGGCUACAUCUGAAUUCUCUCACGACGCCGUAAAGAAGCAUCAAGACACUAUUAUCAACAGUUUGAAAACAGAAAGAGAUGUAUCAGUCCGCCAGAGAGCUGUUGACUUGCUUUAUGCUAUGUGCGAUCGAUCCAAUGCCAACCAAAUUGUCGCCGAGAUGCUGGCUUACUUGGAAACCGCCGACUACUCUAUUCGGGAAGAAAUGGUGCUAAAAGUGGCUAUUCUUGCUGAAAAAUAUGCCACUGACUACACGUGGUACGUCGACGUCAUCUUGAAGUUGAUCAGAAUCGCUGGAGAUUACGUUAGUGAGGAAGUUUGGUAUCGUGUGAUUCAGAUUGUUGUCAAUCGUGAAGAUGUGCAAGGAUACGCCGCAAAGACAGUGUUCGAGGCUCUCCAACGACCGGCUUGCCACGAGAACAUGGUCAAAGUUGGAGGAUACAUACUUGGAGAAUUUGGAAACUUCAUCGCUGGAGAUGAACGAUCAACGGCCAAGAUUCAGUUCGAGUUACUGCAUUCGAAGUUUCAUUUGUGCAGCAUUACCACUAGAUGCUUGUUGUUGACAACAUACAUCAAAUUCUGCAACUUGUUCCCUGAAAUCAAACCAUUGGUUCAACAAGUCUUUCAAACUGACCACAACUUGCGAAACCCGGAUGCCGAAUUGCAACAACGAUCGAUUGAGUAUCUUCAGAUGACAAAAUUGGCGUCGAGUGAUGUGCUCGCUACGAUUCUCGAAGUGAUGCCAGCUUUCGCCGAAAAGGAGAGCAGUUUGCUUGCCAAGUUGAAGAAGAGUAAACCACAACUGGAGGAACUUGAACGUGAAGAGAAAGAGAAACGAGCCAAACCAUCGGCUGUUAUGAGUGAAGGAUCUACUUCUUUGGUUGACUUCGACUCGGUGAAUGAUACCACUGCUUCGCUAGCCGAUGUCUUUGCGAACAACACUGGAACUGGACUCGUAGCUCAAACUGAUGACGUGGAAAUCGCCAACAAGACUGAUUACACUAAAUUCGUCACGAAAAGCAACGCCAUCUUGUGGGAGGACGACUACAUUCAAGUUGGAUGCAAAUUGGAGACCCGUAAUAACUUGGGACGUCUGGGCAUGUUCUAUGGAAACAAGACUUCUCAGCCGUUCAACAAAUUUACUCCAAUCAUCACUUGUCCCGGAGCUUUGGCUGUUCAACUUCAAGCCCAGGCUAAACCAGUUGAGCCAGUGGUUGCUGCUGGAACCCAAGUGCAACAGUUGAUCAACUUUGUUUGUGUGCAAGAGUUCCAGAAGAUGCCCAUCAUGAACAUUAAGUUCACAUUCACUGAUCGCGCUGGAGCCCUCCAGAACUUCGACAAAAACUUCUACCUCCCACUCUUCAUCAGCAAAUUCUUCGAGCCAUCUGUCAUGACGUCGGAGCAAUUUUUCACCAGAUGGAAAUCACUUGGCGCCGCUUCUCAAGAGGCUCAGAAAAUUUUCAGUGCUCAAUCCGCAAUGGAAACCGCUACAAUUGAGACGAAGCUCAAGGGUUUCGGAGCCAAUUUGUUGACAGAUGUCGAUCCAAACCCGGACAAUUAUGUUUGUGCCGGAAUUAUUCACACGCAAACUCAACAAAUUGGAACUUUGAUUCGAUUGGAGCCAAAUAAGCAAGCGAAGAUGUACCGCCUGACGAUUCGCUCAAGCAAGGACACGGUUGUACAGACGCUUGUCGACUUGUUGGCCAACCAAUUCUAA